UUUCCUUGGCUAACCUGUAACCUCUGCUUCAAGGCGUUCUGGAAACUGCAGUUUGGCUGCUUUCACUCUGCACAGAGGAGCGAGCGGAUCUGAGGCAAGGAGGCCUAACCCGUGAUGUCUGGCAUCAUGGUGUGGAAGCUGCUGCUGCUGCCCUGGGCUGUAUCCAUGUUCCAGAAUAAGAAGACAAGGCCGCUUUUAGCCCACAAGGGGAUCGGAGAGCCGUGUGGAUUCAAUUCUGAGUGUCAGAGUGACUGCUGUGUCACUAACAGCUUGAGCCCACAGAAAUUCUGCACCCGCCAGACUGUGUUCUUGCAAUGUGUGCCCUGGAGGAAGCCAAAUGGGCACCUCUGUGAAGAGCACGGAGAGUGCUACAGCAGAUGCUGCAUCAGGACCGGCGACAGCCCAAACAGGUACUGCUCAGCAAAGUCUGUCUUCCUGCAGUGUGUAUCUUGGCGCAAGCAAGAAGGGGACAAAUGCCGCAGCCACUCAGAGUGCUGGAGCCUGUGCUGCCUCCCACUGAGCGAGAACAGCUCUCCCCACUGCACGAAGAGAACCGGACUCCUGGCCUUGUGCCUGCCGGUGUGAAUGAACAUGAACUUGUGCGACACGGAACUAAAACUGGACUUCAAAGAGCAGAGAGUACUGCUCAUGCACACACUGUUCCCUUAUUUGGGCUCUGAAAAUCUGUAGGAAUUAGAGAUGUCUGCUGCUUGUUGUCAAUGUGAACUUGAGUUCCACAGCAUGAAGCUUCUGAGGACAAAUCAUAGGCUUGCUGUCCAAUUGCGACAAUUAAAUAAAAACUGCUGAUCG